AUGGUCGGAGAUUUUCCAUCCACCCUGAAGAGGAGAGGAGCUCCAGCCCACACCAAACCCUCAGAUCCCACCCCGCACAUGCAAGACCUCACGCUGGCCUUGACACUUCUCGCGGAAGCACUGGCGUGCACUGAACAAGCCUCCAAGCACGGCUUCCUCGAAAACCCCGAGAGCUGGGCCAAUCUUGGUCAGGGCGCACCCGAAGUCGACGAUGACAUUGAGGGCUGCUUCGCAAGACCUACCUCUAUCCCCUUGACCCUAAACGGGCGAGAGUACGGUCCGACAGCCGGAAUCAAAUCUCUUCGAGCCGCUGUUGCCAAUCUGUACAAUGAAAACUACCGACAGGGGAAAUCCUCGCAAUACUCAUGGGAGAAUGUUUGCAUUGUUCCUGGUGGAAGAGCAGGAUUGAUCAGGAUCGCAGCUGUCCUUGGCAACGCAUAUCUUGGAUUCUUCAUCCCGGAUUACACAGCAUACAAUGAGAUGUUGAGCUUGUUCAAGAACUUUGUCGCAAUCCCCAGUCCUCUAUCCAAAGACGACGGAUACCACAUCCACGCCGAGAAAAUCGCCGACGAACUCGCUCGAGGCACCUCAGUCAUCCUCACGUCCAAUCCUCGCAACCCGACUGGACAUGCACUCCACCCAGAAGAGCUGGCGUUGAUUCAAGACAUCUGCCGCGACCGCGCGACGUUGAUCUUUGACGAAUUCUACGCGGGGUACAACUACAGCUCCGACUGCGACGGCAGCACCAUCUCGGCGGCUUCCAACGUCCAAGACGUCAACCAGGACGACGUGAUCCUGAUCGACGGGCUGACCAAGCGAUUCCGUCUGCCUGGCUGGCGAGUCGCAUGGAUCGUGGGACCCAAGGAGUUCAUCACCGCGCUGGGCUCCUGCGGGAGCUACCUCGACGGCGGUACCAAUGUCCCGUUCCAAGAGGCGGCGGUGGCGAUGCUGGACCCGCCCAAGGUCAAGGCGGAGAUGAAGGCGCUGCAGAGUCACUUCAAGACGAAGCGCGACUACGUGUUGAAGCGGUUGCGGGAGAUUGGGUUCACGUCGGGUGAUCAGCAAACGCCCGACAGCACCUUCUACAUCUGGCUGGACCUGACGACGCUGGAACCGCCGCUGCCCAAGAACAGCCUGGUGGACAUCUCGAAUGGUCUGUCAUUCUUCGACGCCCUGCUACAGGAGCGCACGAUUGUCGUGCCGGGCAUCUUCUUCGACCUGAACCCGGCCAAGCGGCGGGAUCUCUUCGACAGUCCGUGCCACCACUUCGUGCGGAUCAGCUAUGGGCCCAAGUUGGAUGUGUUGAAGUUGGGGCUGGACGGGAUCGAGCGGGUGGUCAAGCGGGCCAGAGGCGAGUUUGGCCAGUUCGACAGCGCGAUUCAUGAUGAGCCUGAACCCAAGACCCCGAGGAGCCCGGUCCAUUUUUGGAAGAGUCGAGGUCAAGGUGAGCAGCAUAAUUGA